AUGACGUCUCCCGCUGCUGCUGGCGUCAAGCGCUCCUACGCCGCGAUGGCCUUCGCCUGGGACGGUCAGCCCCAAAACCCGUCCGUCGAACCACGCCCAACGUCCCGGCCCUUCUCCUCCGAGAGCAGGGGUCCUGUAUACCCCGCGUUGCUCCAUGCAGCGCCGGUGAUUUCGGCCGGACCAUCACCCGGAGAGUACCGGUCGGCCUACCAGGUUUCACCGCGCAGAACUUCCAGCUCGGCAACAGCCAGCUAUGAUGCAGACACAUCCAUUAUCAUCGCCGGUAUCCGGGGCGCCGGCAAGACAACGCUGGCGGUUAUAGCCUCCUCCGCCAUGAACCGAAAGGUUGUUGAUCUUGAAAUGGCUUUUCGCGAGGUGACCGGUUUCUCUAGUCCGGCUUACAAGAAGGCACAUGGCGCCGUGGCUUGCCAGGCCCGCGAAGUUGCCAUCCUUUACGAGGUCCUAGGGAGGCAUGGCAAAAACGCUGUCAUCGUUUGCUCGUGGAUUGAAAGGGAUAUCCAGUCGGCCUUGGAGGGGUUGGGGAAAGUCCACCCUGUUAUCUACAUCCUCCGCGACCCCAAAGCCAUCCAGAGCCAUCUGAAGAUUGAAACCCUCCAAAAAGCCAAGGACAUCCUGGGUGCAAGCAGCACCUUCUUCAGAAACUGCACGCGCUACGAGUUUUUCAACGUCUCGGAGGAUAGCAGUAUGCCUGACGAAUUCACAAACGAACGCCUUCCCUCGCCUUCGGCUGACCUUGACCGACCUACGGCACCGUAUCUGACGCUGAAGCGAGCUGAGAGACACUUUCUCAAGUUCCUCUCGUUACUUCUGCCGAGCGGGUCCAUCCCUUUUAACGAGUCGGCCUUCCCUCUGGCCUGCGUUCCUGCGGAAGUGAGGCGGUUCACCUACGCUAUUUCUGUGCCGCUCUCGGCGUUAGCUCGGGGCGACAUCGACAUCCAAGAGUUCGAAAUCGGAGCCGACGCCAUAGAGAUCAUCGUCGACGACCUUGUGACCGAUUACACCAGCCAGUUGCGGUCAUCAACCGAAAUUUCGUCGCACCGGGCCAGUGAAAUCAGCCGUAUAGUGGCCCAGUUCCGACGGGAUACUGUUAUCCCUAUCUUUUUUCAUGUGGCGUUUCCGGAAGCGGCACUCUCUGACGAAUAUUGGCGGUCUCUUUACAUGUCAUACAUUCGCCACGGGCUACGCCUUGCACCUGAAUACAUCACUGUCGAUUUGAGGCUAGAGAGUCACCUGCUUGCAAGUAUCAUCAGCGCCAAAGGAACCUGCAAAGUUGUGGGCAAUCUCCAGUUGGAGGACGCAGACCCGCCCCUAUGGGACGCGCCGUUAUGGCGGUCGUACUAUAAAAAGGCCCAAGGGAGCGACUGCAACCUCGUAAGGUUCACGAGGAGGGCGGUUGGCACCCCUGAUAAUCUAGAUGUGCGGUUAAUCCACCACGCCGCCGAGUCAACCCCGGGGCCGAAACUGCCGCUCAUCGCCUACAACACGGGGGUGCUGGGCCGGACUUCAGCGUGCUUCAACCAAAUUCUCACAUCGGUUUUGCCAGAAGGCUUGCAGAAAGAGAACACUGGAACAACGACCGAUGCCGCUAUGGCCCUGCGACCGUCACUCACAGCCCGGGAGGCGACAGGGGCUUUAUAUUCAUCAUUCUAUUACCACCCGAUGAGGCUUUACGUCUUCGGUGCCAAUGUGAGCUACAGUCUGUCUCCAGCAAUGCACAACGCUGCUCUCAAGGCCUGCGGCAUCCCUCAUCAGUACGAACCUCGCUCUUCAAGCACCAUCGCAAACCUACAAGAGCUCGUCAACGAUCCUCAUUUUGCCGGCGCCUCUGUGGGGCUCCCUUUUAAGGUCGAGAUUAUUAGCCUAACGCAUUCCCUCAGCCGGCAUGCUAAGGCAAUCGGUGCCGUUAACACACUGAUUCCCGUGCGGAACCUUAAUCCUGACGGUAGCAUCCCUGACGACGCAGUAGUAUCCAACGGGGGCAACCUAGCUAGCCCGGUGAAGGCGCUUUACGGAGAGAACACGGACUGGAUUGGUAUCCGCGCCUGCAUUCGUCGCGGCCUCUCUCCGGCCAAUGCCGUGCGGCCCAGCAGUUCCGGACUCGUCGUCGGGGCCGGGGGGAUGGCCAGGGCCGCUGUCUACGCGAUGUUGCAGCUCGGAGUCAAGCACAUACUCAUCUUCAACCGAACACUCGCCAACACCGAGAAGCUGGUUUCACACUUCGAGACAUUGUUGGCCCGUAACGGACUCCCCUUGUUUAGCUCCAGUACCGGGUCCAAGGAAAGGGCAAGAUUUCAUAUUAUUCGGUCUCGCGACGACCCCUGGCCAGAGGGCUACAAGCGCCCAACCAUGAUCGUCUCAUGCAUUCCGACGCACGGCGUCGGAGGGAGUCCAGCACCGGAAUUCACGGUCCCGACCCAGUGGCUGGAGAGCCCCACUGGCGGUGUGGUCCUGGAACUUGAGUAUAAGACACUCAACAGCCCCCUGCUGGAACAGGUCCGAAAGGAGGCUCAUAGGGGUUGGGUGUCUAUGGAUGGAUUGGACCUGCUUCCAGAGCAAGGCUUUGCUCAGUUUGAGCUCUUCACGGGUCGUCGAGCGCCGCGGCGUUUAAUGAGACGGGAAGUCUUCAGGGCGUACCCUGACGACCAUGGGCGUUCCAACUUUGCGCAACUAGAGCCACGGCUUAACAACAUAGUCACACAAGAAUCUUGA